AUGUCUGGAGAAGCGCACUCGGCUGUUUCGCCACUAGCUCCUACUAUUACAGUACCGACGAAGGCCUUACAGCCCAUAAGCGGGAGCAAGCGAAACAAGAGGAAACGCAGCAGAGACUUUCGCGUUGCGUGCACUACGGACUCUAACAUUGCUAGCACCACAGAGCCCAAUGCCGUUCGGAAUACUCGCUCUGAUGUUCCUGGCACCACGGAAUUGAGCGUCGCGCGAACUACAGACUUUAACCUCACGCGUACCAAGAGCUCCACUGUCACGUCGAACGUUGACGCGGAGUCGUGGGGAACUCCGUGGUCUGCCUCGCUUGGGAUGACGGAGUAUGACACCAAGGAACAAAGGCUUCAUGACGAGAUUGUCGCGUAUGUCACGUAUAUACUGCCCACAAAGCAGGAACGGCGCGCACGCGCUAAAGUCAUUGCCCGCGUCGGCGAUGUGGUGAACAAUCGAUUCCCAAACGUGACAUUAGCGAUCUUCGGCAGUGUAGCACAGGACCUGUAUCUUCCCGACGGUGACGUUGACCUCGUGAUGAACGUGGCUCAGGACCUUGACCCGGCUGCAAAAAAAAAGAUGCUCUUCCAACUAGCGCACGCCCUAAGGAUGUCCCACUUAUCCCCAAAGGUGCAGGUUAUUCCGCACGCCAGGGUUCCAGUGCUUUCCUUUGAGACUACGCGCGAACUUGGUUCCUUCAAGAUCGACAUCAGCAUUAAUUCAGGUGGUGUGGAGGCAAUACCGAAGAUUGCGAGCUACUUGAACGAGAUGCCAGCUCUCCGAUAUCUUGUGACACUAUGUAAAGGCUUCUUAUCAUUCAAAAAUCUGAAUUCUGCAUCGGAAGGUGGCCUAAGCAGUUACAGCAUAAUCUGCAUGGUCAUCAGCUUUCUCCAGCUUAAUCCGAAGGAGAGAUCUGUUGCUGCAAUUGAAAAUCCCCUGGAGAAUGAAUCACUGGGUACUCUGUUCUUAGAUCUGCUAGACUACUAUGGCAACACCUUUCCGUAUGCUUCCUCAUACAUCUCGGUGACACAGAAGGCGCUCCUUCCAAAGAGAAUAAAAGGGUGGAACAAGGAGAAAGAUAGUCUCUCAAUUGAAUGCCUUGUGAAUCCAGAGAAUGACAUCGGCCGGCCAACAAGCAAAAUCGCGAAGGUACGUGGAGCGUUCAACGGGGCACACCGCUCUCUGCAAGACUACCCACUUGGCGUUGAGCAUGGCAAUGUGCUCGGGACAAUCCUACGCGCAUCUGGAGAGACAUUGGCGCACCGCGAACACGUGCGGAAGAUUGUUGAUACAGGCAGUUUGGAGCUCGCCCUCACCCAAGUGAACCCUGCUGCCUGGAGAGCCGCUCGACACCCGAAAUCCAAUCCGAGGACGAGACCGCCCACUGUUCAGUCUACGCAGGUGACAAGCACAAGAAUGUCCACUCGGCAGUACAUGCAGGCACCGCCGUCUGCAUCCAGCUCUCGCAGCCUUUCGUACGAUGUUGGGUAUUACGACAGGUAUGAGUAUUACGACCGCCUCGGUGGUGCUAGGUACUCUUACUAUGGCCAGCGAACCCCGCGCUGUUGA